AUGAAAAAAAUCGCCCUUUUCUGUAGUGGGGAGGCACGCUCGGCCCCUUCCCAAACGAAAACAAAGGCAGAAAGUGGGCGCUGCCCGCUCCCCGCCGCUCCGCACGCAGCGCCCGCCGCCGGCCCCGCUCCGCUCCCCACCGCGCCCCGCGGACCGAGCGCGGCCGGGCCCCCCCUCGCUCCGCGCCCUGACCGCUUUGGCCUCAAACCACCUUUUUCCGCUCACCCUCAAAAUGGCCCGGAGCGGGGUGGGGGGAAGCGCGACGAGGGGAGCGCCCCGGCCCCGACCCCAUGUGCACGGCGGCGGCGGCAGUGCCUCCCGCCCGCCCCAGCUCCGCGCCGGCGGAGCGAAGGUACUCGGCGGGGUGAAACCCCUAUUAUGCGGCGUCCGCCGGCACCGCUCCGGCUGCCUCGGGUAGCGUUCUCCCUUCCCUUCCCGUCCCCUCCCUCUUUCCCCCGCUCCCCUUUCUUCUCCGGCCGCCGGGGAGCGCCGGCCACCCCCUGCCCCCUCCCGGUGCCGCCGGGGCAGGACGAUCCCCCCGCCGCGCGCACCGGCGGCCGGAGCGGCACCUCGUGCUCCCGCCUCCCUCCUCCUUCUCCUCCCUCCCCGCCCGCCUUCCUGCCGCCCGCCGCCACCCACCGCCCGGCCUCCGCUGGGGGUGCCCCCGCUGCGGCCCGGGCCCCGGCCCCGGCGACCCAUGUGCCUGCGCGGAGCGGGGCGGUGCCGGGCCGAGCCGGGCCGGGCCGUGCACGGCAGGGAAGCGCCCUCACUUUGUUAGCGCUUGUUGUGCCGACGCGGCCGCCGGGAGCCGUCAGCGUGGUCAGCGGGGGAAGCGCUCCCGCGGCCAUCCCGGCCGGCGCUGGGCCCCGCCGCCCCCGCCGCGCAGUUUCGCUCAACUUUUCCCGGAUUUUUAGUCACCCUCCAAACUUGCGAAGAGGAGCGCAGUGGGGAGAAGAAGGGAAGGGGAAGGGGCGCCGGCGCUCUGGCUCCCCGGUGCCCUCCCCUCCCCCGAGGCGAGGCAGGCGGCCGGCCGGCCGCAGCACAACAAAAAGCCAUUUACACCCGGGGAAGUGCCCCGCUGAGACACCCCCCUCAACACACACACCCCCCCGCCCCGCCUCGCCCGGAGCCGCGGCAGGGCUCAGCAUCCCCCACCCCCCCCGGACCGCCGCCGGCAGCGAGCACCCCCGCGCCGCUCCGCUCUGCCGGGGACAGAGACCUGCCGCGGGUCCUCUGCUCCAUGGCCGGCGCCCGCCCUCCCUCCCUCCGUCCGCGCCCAGUGAGGUGCGGGGUCACUCACCGGGCCGGUGCGUGGCCGUCGGGGACCGGUGUCCCCCGCUCGCUCCCUCGCUGCCCUCCGCCGAAGGGCCGGGGAGGAGGAGGGGACACGCUCCGGAGUUGGUGCCGUCGGCCGGGGGGGGCGAGGCGGGGGAAGCGGCCAUUAAGCGCUGCCCGCCCGUCCGCUCGCGGCAGCGCCCCCGUCCCGGCGGGGUCGCGCUCCCCCGGCACCGCACCGGCACCGGCACCGGCACUGGCUCCGGCUCCGGCUCUUGCUCUGCCGCUGCCGAGUUUGUAAGCGCUGCAUUCGAAUUCGUGAUACAAAGCGAAACAAACUCAUUCCUUGUUAACCGGGUUCAGAGCCGGCCCGGUACCACAACACGCGGGUCAUCACCGCUCCCGCUGGAGCUGUGUCAGAGGAGGGACUCGGGGACGGGCUCCAGGCAGAUUCUGCCGGGUCAGGGAGGCGCGACAGGCCGGCUUGCCCUUGGAGUGACACAGAAACCCAUUGCCUGGUCGCAGGGAAUGAUUUUCCUCAUGCAGUCACCCCUCCCACGCUUCCGUGCAGUCGCACAAUGGUGCGGCUCCACACGCGGGCAGCGAGGGGAGGACGCGGCCGCCUGCAAGGGCGUAGGUCGAGCAGGCGAACGCAUCCCGGAGGGAAGCCCCGGGUGGGCUGGAGAAGCGGCCUGGCUUCCGCACGGCCAUUGUUCUUUCCGGGAACGGGACGCCGCGUAUCCCGCGCCCCUGUCCGCCGGGCGGGGCGGGCUCCCCGCGCCUUUGCGCGCUCCCUCUCCGGGAGGGCUUCGCUCCUUUGAAAGGUCCCGCUGCUUUGCAGCUCUGCUCCCCGGGCCACAGCGGGGCAGGAGCACUGUGCCCCGUCCCUCCCGACAAGCUCGCACUCCGCCGUUCCGUGUCCCUAGGGACUCGCAGGCAGCCCCGGGACACCGCCUCAGGAUCGCGGCCGGGAUGGGGAGGGGCCCAGAGGGGUGCCCCCCUCGCAGGGCUGCCUCGCAGGGAAGAUCGAGCCGAGCGCUUCCCGGGGCGAUGGGGGGAGCCCCGCAGCGAUGGCGGGACCGACCCCGCCACCGCAGCCCUCUACCUGCGCCCCCUCCCCCAGCGGGUCGGAGUUGCCGUGGCGACGGAUCAACACCAUCCCCCGGGACAGGGCUCCGCUGGAGCCACGGGAACGGCGCGCUGCUCUCCCGCCUCCCAUGGGGAACCCCGUCCCGCCCCCUCCCGCGGCGACAGCGCGGCCGCCCCCGCGCAGCGACGUCAGCUCGGACCGGCUUUCCUGCCCCGGCGGCGCCCGCCCGCCGCCAUCGGUCACCGCCAGCGUCACCGCCCGGGCACCCGCACCGGGGCCGUGUGUCCAGACCCGUCGGGACCGCCGUGUGCGGUGCCCGCCACCACCUCCAAGCCCCUCGUGCAGGCAAAGCUGCACCCGUUUAA